CCUGCUGUGCCGUGCCUAAACUCAGCCCCAACGCAACUUGUUAAAUGCCGUUCUCAUCCCAACUGUAACUCUGGCCAUCACUGUUAUCUUCUCGCUUGCUCUUGUCUUUCCAUUCCACUCACCCAUGAACCGUGGACAACACAAUGCCGACGGCCGCCGGCAACAGCCUGUCAGCGGUCCCGUCAACAUGUUUGUGCGAGGCAUUGCGGCUGGGAUCGGUCUUGCAUCCGAGACGUACCAGCAUCACAGAAAGAAGAAAGCUUCCAACACGCGAGCGGGAACGAACGCCGAGAAUGCCGCUGCAGUAACACAAGAGGCGCGAGAAUCGCAAGACGACGGUCACUUGUCUCAACAGAUGGAUGAAGCCGUAUGGGAACUGGACGAGGCACAGGAUGAAGUGACGGACCGUCCAUCCAGACCAUCUGCUACCGAAGAGGAACUCACUGGCCUUGCCGACUCAUUCCUCCUCUCCCAUCCUCAACCCCCUUCCGAUUCCGCGGGACAACUAGCUCUACCCGUGGUCAUCACCCAGCGUCGCCCUGGGUCUCGCACCAAGGGGUUUGUGCGCGCCUAUUCCCCUCUGCUUGCCGAUGUAGGGAUCGACCAGACGACGUUCCUCGACUUUCUCGACAAGCUCAACAAAGCCGUUGCACCGAGCCCCUGGAUCCAAGCCAUCAACUUGGCCGCUUUCGCGGGUAUGGCGGUGCCUAUGCCAUUCAGCAUCGCCGUCUCUCUUGCCGUCAAGAAGGUAGCCGACGCGGCCAGCGAACUCCACAGCCGAUCGAAGACCAACCUGUUCCUCGACCGGGUCAAUGAAUCCUUUUUCGCGCCUCGGGGCCUGGUGGCCCUGGUCAUGACGUGGAAGCCUGGCCAAAAAGACAAUAUGCUCACCAGAGCUGAGUUCGAUAUGCAGUCAUCUAUUGUGGAGGCCUCGAGUGGCAGCAACAGGCACCAUAUGUUCCAGAGCUCCAGUGGGGCCUCGUCGUUUGAGUGGCCCGCGACAGCGCCGCUCGUGUUUCCAGCCCUUGAUGAGUUGGCGGACGCGGACGACGACGGCGCCAAUGCCAAAAAGCAGUCAGCCGUUAAGCGUAGCACGAAGUUCGUCGGAGAGUACUUCGACAAGAGAGCCAGGGCCAAGUGGGCCGGGGAGAACCCCGAUAGCAACCUCGCCAAUGCUAGGGGCCAAGAGGAAUUCUCCUCUAGAUAUGCCGAUCCGAACCACCCCGCUAGUAGUGGUGAUCCCAUUGCCUUGUUAACUGGAGGGUCUCUCCAAGCGGGGAUUGGCAGACAAGUUGGAACUGAUUCCAGGAAUGAUGUGCGGGCUGGUCUCUUGGGUCGACAAAGCCACAUGGGACUGGGAAGAGGCAGAUCGAUUGGAUGGCAAAGAGGUGGAGAACUGUCCCAUGGAGGUGGCCGAGGUAGAAUUGGCGGUGGGAUCGGAGGUGGGAUUGAGGGUGGCAUCGCGGGUGGCAUCGGCCCGCUGAGCUUGAUAACAGGCGCUAGGAAACUGCUUCAGGAUGACGUGCUUUACCUCAUGAUAGUACAACGACCAACGGAAGACGAGAUGGCAGAAGCAAUAGAGGAAAUGAACGCUUUGGGACAAACUUACCGCUAAGGAGUUGAUGCGAACUGCAGGGGAAAAGGAUGUUUCUGUAUACCAGUGAGCCGUCGCUCCUCCUCGAAGGGUUGUCCUGGAUCUAUUUGGGCGGUUGUGAAGCUCAUGAGUUGUCUCUCUGCAAGCCGUGAUGCUCCCCGAGGGUGAAUCCGACUACAAAGUCUGAACAUGUCGUAGGAGCUGGCGGAAGGAUGUGCCUUGGUUGAUGUAGCCGCGGUCCUCCCUAUCCGCGCUUAUAGAUCGAUCACCAGGGACACAGCGCCCU